AUGUCGGCGUCUCAGGCCGACUACAAGGACCGGCAGUUCCUAGCCGUCAUCGGGGACGAGGACUCGGUGACGGGCCUGCUGCUGGCCGGUAUUGGCCACGUCACGAACCCGCCCGACUCGCAGAAGAACUUCCUAGUCGUCGACAGCAAGACCGAGAACGCGGCCAUCGAGGCCGCCUUCGACUCGUUCACGACGAAGCGCAAGGACAUCGGGAUCGUGCUGAUCAACCAACAUAUCGCGGAGAAGAUCAGACAUCGCAUCGACACCUACACGGCCGCGUUCCCGACCGUCCUCGAGAUUCCCAGCAAAGAGCACCCUUACGACCCCGAGAAGGACAGCGUGUUGAGACGGGUACGGCGGUUGUUUGGAGAGUGA